CAUUUUUCACAGUUUACACAGCAAGACACGUUUUAUCACCUGAUGGUCAAUAAAAUACAAUAUGAAAAGAAUCUUAAUAUUUUCGAUCGUUUUUGUACUAUUGGUCUUGCAUCAAGUGUGGUGCGAUCGUGACGACAUUGAAAAGAGCCAUAGUAAAUACCGGUCAUAUCCAAGACCGUCGCGACCAUCACCUGGCGGUAGGCGAUUUGGAGAAAACUAUGGGUGGAUAUACCAUCGUGACGAGGGUUACUGGUAUCAUCCGGAGUCUAUGUGGAGAUGGCAUCCAAAUAAUGGAUGGAGACAAUACUGUCAAGGCAACUAUUACGGUCACUAUAGCCGUUGAACAUAUUGCACAGAACCAUUUUUGAGCCAGAACCUAUGUAAUAUUUUUUUAAUAAAUACUUUCUUACGUCUCAGUCACAUAUAAAUACAAUAAAACCGAUAUUAAAUAUAUUUAACUAAAAAUAAUCACACUUCAGUAACUCAACUUGUACCACUUCUUACAUACAA